AUGGAAAAAGGUCCUCCUCCUCAGAAUAUGCCAGCACCGCCGUACCCCGGUGGGCCGUACCCUCCUGGGCCCGGUCAGGCGUACCCCCCCCCUCCUGUUCAUCCUCAAGCUGCUGCUUACCAGUACGCCCCUCAACAACCUCACGUCGGUCAACCUGUGGUGGUGAUGCAGCAGCAGCUGCCAACCGAUUCUCCUGGAAGCAUGUUGUGUCCUCACUGCCAAAGCACUGUAGUCACUAGAGUCGAGCACAAAAAUGGAUUGCUCACCUGGUUGAUCUGUGGUGCCAUGGGACUCUUCUUGUGCUGGCCGUGCUGUUGGAUCCCGUUCUGCAUUGAUUCCUGCAAGGAUGUGGAGCAUUGCUGCCCCAACUGCAACAAUGUCGUGCACAUCCAUAAACGCAUUUAAAACAGGAAUGCAGUGUUUACAUUGCUGAAGUCACAGCAAAAGGUAGAAAAGUCAACCUGACCUGACUAAACCAACAUCUGGACAGGAGCUGAACCCCUUUGAGCAAACACAUCAGUGUUUUCCAUCAACCCUGUGCUCACUGGUGGUGACUCAUUACUCUGUACAUAUAUAUAGAAUGUUAUACAUCAAUUUUUCUGGUGAUAAAUACGCACUGCUGUGAAAAAUGUAAUGUGAAAAAUCCUGAUCAUUUUUCUUGACACAACCUGAGUCAAUAUGAUAUAGCUAACACAAUAUAAA